ACGUGGUGGGGCGGCUGGUAGCAAGUGGCGUGCGAGGAGGCUUCUGCACUGCAGUCACGGUCGGGCGAGCGUCGCAGCAGCCGCUCCAGAGGACCAAGCCAGGCGCUAACCAAGGACAGAAGAUGGCGCCAAGUCAAACAAAGGCGGUGGUAGCCGUGCUGUUGCUGCUAAUGCGCCUGCCGGAGUCUGCACGUGCGGCGAACGUGCUGGUGGUGUUCCCCAUGGGGGCACGCAGCCACUGGAACCUGGGGCGUGCCAUAGCCAUGGGCCUUCACGCGCAAGGUCACCACAUCACUGCCGUCACGCCCUUCUCUGGACAGGGGCCACGCACCAACUGGACCGACGUCCCCUUACCCAACCUCAUACACUUCUUUGGCCAUACGUCAGGCUUAUUUGAUCUCGGAAAGACAAACGAUUUUCAAAUGUUCGUCGAGCUGGUCAACUACGGAGUAAACUCGUGCGAGGUCUACCUUCAAGAUGAAAACUUUAAGCGGCUGCUCAACUCUGAUGACAAGUUCGACGUCAUGAUCAUGGAAGAAUUCUUCUGCGAGUGCUUCCUGCCCCUGGCACACAAAUUCGAUAUUCCCGUCAUAGGAUUCACCACGUUCGCGCCGAGCGCGUGGCAAGGUGACAUUGUCGGAAAUCCAAGUCCAUAUUCUUACGUACCUGACACGUUUCUUACUUACACCGAUCACAUGACUUUCUUCGAGAGAUUGCACAACACCUUGUACGUGUUGUUUUGUAAGGUGGUCCGCGAGAUGUACAUGAUGCCCAGGCAGGAAGACCUGGUGCAGAAGUACUUGCCCGAUCUGAAGAUGCCGAGUCUAUUCGAGAUGGAAAGGAGGACUUCCAUGGUGCUCACCAACAGCCACUUUAGUCUGUUCUACCCGAAACCGCUUGUACCUGCCAUGGUCGAAGUUGGGGGGAUGCAUGUCAGUCCACCGAAAAAGCUGCCACAGGACCUGCAGGAAUUUCUCGACGGUGCAAAGGACGGGGCAAUACUCUUCAGCAUGGGAUCGAACCUGAAAAGUGCUGAUCUUCCUGAGGAGAAGAGACUGGCUAUUGUGGAGACAUUCUCGAAGCUGAAACAACGUGUUCUCUUCAAAUGGGAGGCAGAAACGUUUCCAGGAAAACCGACUAACAUGAAAGUUGGGAAGUGGCUGCCUCAAUCUGAUAUACUGGCACACAAGAACGUAAGACUCUUCAUAACCCACGGCGGCCUGCUAAGUACGCUCGAAGCUAUGUAUCAUGGUGUGCCAGUGAUCGGUAUUCCUAUAUUUUGUGAUCAAGAACUCAACAUGCUUCAAGCGGAAGCCAAAGGAUACGGGCUAAAACUCCACUUUAGCAAUAUCACGUCGGAUACAUUCUCUUGGACAAUCUCGGAAGUGCUCAAUAAUUCACGAUACAAGAAGAGAGCCCAGGAGCUGUCGCGGUUGUUCCACGACAGACCCCGCACGCCUCUGGAGGAGGUAGUGUACUGGACGGAGUACGUGGUGCGCCACAAGGGCGCGCCGCACAUGCGGUCGGCGGCUCUGGACCUUGCGUGGUACCAGCUGUGGCUGCUAGAUGUCGUCGGUGCUGUGAUAGCCGCCGCUGCACUGGCGCUAUGGAUCCUGAUGGGACCAAGCCAGAUGCAGGCGGUGGUAGCCGUGCUGUUGCUCCUGCUGAGCUUUCCGGAGGCUCCACGUGCGGCGCACGUGCUGGUGGUCUUCCCUGUGGGUGCACCCAGCCACUGGAGCCUGGGGCGAGCCAUAGCCAAGGGUCUGCACGCCAAAGGGCACCGCAUCACCGCCGUGACGCCCUUCUCUGGACAGGGGCCGCCCAACAACUGGACCGACGUCCCCUUACCCAACACCAUACACUUCUUUGGCCACACAUCAGGCUUAUUUGAUUUCGGCAAGAUAAACAAUUUUCGUAAGUUCCUCAUACUGGCCAACUACGGAAUAGACUCAUGUGAGGCCUACUUUCAAGAUGAAAACUUUAAGCGGCUGCUCAACUCUGGUGAAAAGUUCGACGUAAUGAUCAUGGAAGAAUUCGUCUGCGAUUGCCUCCUGGUGUUGGCAUACAAAUUCAGUAUUCCCGUCAUACGAUUCGCCACGUUUUCACCGAGUUCCUGGCAAGGCGACAUUGUCGGGAAUCCAAGCUCUUACUCUUAUGUGCCUGAUACGUUUCUUACUUACACCGAUCGCAUGAGUUUCUUCCAGAGACUGCAUAACACCGUGUAUGGACUGUACUGCAAGUUGGUUCGCGAGAUGUACAUGAUUCCCAUGCAGGAAGCACUGAUAGAGAAAUACUUGUUCGACCUGAAGAAGACGAGUCUGUCCGAACUGGAUAGGAAGACUUCCAUGUUGCUCACCAACAGCCACUUUAGUUUGUUCUACCCGAGACCGCUAGUACCGGCCAUGGUCGAAGUUGGGGGUAUGCACGUCAGUCCACCGAAAAAGCUGUCACAGGACCUGCAGGAAUUUCUCGACGGUGCGAAAGACGGAGCAAUACUCUUCAGCAUGGGAUCGAACCUGAAAAGUGCUGAUCUUCCUGAAGACAAGAGACUGGCUAUUGUGGAGGCAUUCUCGAAGCUCAAGCAACGUGUUCUCUUCAAAUGGGAGGCAGAAACGUUCCCAGGAAAACCGGAUAACCUGAAACUUGGGAAGUGGUUGCCUCAGUCUGACAUACUGGCGCACAAGAACAUAAAACUUUUCAUAACUCACGGCGGUCUGCUCAGUACGCUCGAAGCUGUGUAUCAUGGUGUACCAGUCAUCGGAAUUCCUGUAUUUGGUGAUCAAGAACUCAACAUGCUUCAAGCGGAGGCCAGGGGAUAUGGGCUAAGACUUCACUUCAGCAAUAUCACGUCACACACAUUGUUCUGGACAGUCACAGAGGUGCUCAAUAAUCCUCGUUACAUGAAGAGAGCCCAGGAGCUGUCGCGGUUGUUCCACGACAGACCCCGCACGCCUCUGGAGGAGGUGGUGUACUGGACCGAGUACGUGGUGCGCCACAAGGGCGCGCCGCACAUGCGGUCGGCGGCUCUGGACCUUGCGUGGUACCAGCUGUGGCUGCUAGAUGUCGUCGGCGCUGUGAUAGCCGCCGCUGCACUGGCGCUGUGGAUUCUCGUGGUCGUACUCAGAACUCUGUUCAGGUUGUUCGGCCGCAGUGCGUCCAACACAACAGCUGCAAAAAAGCAAACGUAACACCUAGAUCAUGUCUUGUACCUGUACAAAUGUGUAUUACUGGUGAAUCUACGAAGAUUUUACCACGUACUUUUUACUUGUAGUGCAUUAAAUGUUUACUAUUUAUUUUACUGGCUUCA